GCAGCGUGCCUCGUACUCGACGCGGAGAUUAGGUGCAGAAUGGCUCCUUAUAGCGCGGCUAUUCUUUGCAAACACUGGCACGCUAUAUAAGCUGCUGAUGGCUUGCCAGCUUCCUUAGGCAGAAAUUAUGAGAUAAUGGGCAGGCAAUGUCAACCCGCUUCUCGGCAAGUCAUGAGGUGGUUUAUGUCAGUAGUAAUAGCUCUGCACCUAACUUUUGCACCAAUUGCUUAUUCGUGACAGUCGCUCUUCCACACAGACGAUUUUUGUUUUUCGUGAGACCGACAUUUCAUUACAUAUACAAAAUUCACGUGUGUUAAGUUGCAUUAGAAGUAUGGGCAUACAAUGGAAAUUCAUUUGCAGGACCAGCUGGCAGAGUGUAGCUAAUACACCAUGAGCACUAUGCAAAACUGGCAAGUUGGCUUUCCUGCACAACAAAAAAUUUCUUCCACCACCAAAAGCUCAUUUGCAAAGCAGAUUUUUGGAUAGUGUGGAUUGUUCAAAUGUGGUGCUGGCUAUUGUUCUGUAAUUGGAGCCUUACUUGCUUCUGGAUUUCAUUAUUUCAUAAAUCUUUUUCCCAUAGUCUAAUUCAGAAAUUGGGUUCUCUCCCAAAUCUAGCUUGGCUGCACUUGUCUGUCAGAAUGACAGGGAUUGUCUGUCGCGCUUUUAUACCUCCUCCUACCUUCAUGUUAACACGCAAUAACGAACCAUUAAAGAUCUUGAAUAAGUCAAAAUUCAAAAGAGUAACCUAUUUAUGCAGACAGUGAUGCAUUGUCUUUUGCUUUCAUAAAAGAAAUGCAAAGAUUGGUCAGUCAACAGGUUUAUUUUGGUUAGAGGACAGUGUUGUAGUGUAGCUGCCUUCCAAUUUUUUCAAAUCGCCUAUUGCCAUGAGGAUACGGUGUUACACCAUCUUCUAGCCAGAGUCAAGCUUUUUUCGCACAUUUUUUAGUUGCCCAUUAAUUUGCUGCUGCUGUGAUAAUACUUGUCAUCCACUACAACAUAUACAAACUGGAUAGUAUGUUAGGUCUGCUUUGAGGACUCACCCAGGGUAAGGGGUCUGCAGUAAAGGGGAUCUCUAGGGGCUUAUGGGUCAAUAUAUGGAGAUGCUGUUCACUAUUUCUCCAACAAGGGAUUACAAAGAGCCUCCUACAAAUAUUGCUCCCAGGAUUUAUACCUACAUAGUAUGUUUCCUCACAGAACAUUAUGAAGCCAACAGACAAAUGGCUGUGGUUUUUAAUUUAGAUGAAUAAAUAAUUAUAACGAGAAAUUAAUGUGGAUGAAAAGGCAACUUGCUGCAGAUGAGAGCCGAACCCACAUCUGCAUUACCAGCUGCCUACACCUAAGUUUCUGUUACUAAAUGAUGCCUGUUGUAAAAAAGCAUGUGCUUCAUCUGCCGCCAUGACCUCAAGUGGUGCUGGCUAAAAUUCUUCAUUUCCAGAUUUUGUACUCGCACAAAUACCCAAAAUAAGCGGAUGGGAGGAUAAGCGCCACAGCACAAUUGUUGGAGCAGCGUAUAUGGCAGGUGUUGGGUUAGUUUCCAACAGGGGCAAAUUGUUUUCUUGUCCACAUUCAUUUCCCUUUUCCAUAUUAUUUGUAAAAUGAAAUUUAAAGAGACAAUUUUCUCUAAGCUUUCACUCUUUUCUUCCUUUUUUAUGCUUUAUUGUCUGUUGGCUUUGUAUGGUUGUAACAAAGAAGUGGGCCCUUUGGUUCCCCUUCUCAUUAUCUUAGAACAUUGAAGUUUUGCUGGAAAGUGUUAGCCUGUCUGCUUUUGCAGCAGCAUUCUCAUCCUGGAUUUUGACUAAACGGUGCAUGAUGAGUAAAUGAAGUCGGUGCAACCUUUUGGCAACCUCCUCAGCUGCUUUAUUUAUGCAGGAUGCCGAAGCCAUACAAGGUCGUAAAAUUUCCAAUGGAGGACGACACCAUUGCUGUGGUGCCAUCCUCUUGGAUGUCCGAGGACGACCGUUAUUGUUUCUGGCCCCUGCAUACGAGGGGGUCAGAAGUUAAAUCCUGGGUACAGAAACAACGUCCCCCAAGUGAAAACUGGGGGACGUACCCAGCGGUAGUCCUGGCGAGAUGCAGCACUUAUGAAAAGGCGCAGAAGAGGGCGAAGAAGGCGGAAUGCCAUUCUGCUGUUGACACUACGGAGCUGUCGGGCAUUGAAGCUGGCCAUGGUGAAGAGGGGCGUGCUGCUUCACCUCGACUGGAGCUACCUGCACCCCCUUCACCAUGCCCUGCAAGGGCACCAGCAGGAGAAAGCGCCACCGGCACAUCCCCUUUGGAGACACCACAAAGGGAAAGUUCCGAGGAGAUGAUGUCGGUGCUGCUGCGGGUGCUGCGGGUGCAGCUGGAGGUGCGGCAGCAGAACAGGGACGUCUUGCAUGAGCUCCAGCAGCUGAGGCAUGAGGUACGGGUCGUGUCCGAGAGGCUGGAUGAAAUUGAGCCUCUCGACAGGACCCGUGCAGUGUCUCAGCCUGCCCUGUCGACGGUGCCUCCAGUUCUUCCUCGGCUACCUGCCAACAAUAUUGAAGAAUUGGAGGCAGCAGAGGCAGCCGUGCAGGAUGAGGCUGUGGCUGCCACCUUGCGCAAGCACCUCCUGCAAAUAGGAGGGAAGUCGCUGCGCGAGGUGGCAUCGAAUGCCAUGAAGGCUGUAAUGGCACACCCCGUCCAAGUGCUUUACAGCCUUCAUGGCAGGAAGGGGAAGAGGGCUUUCAUAAAUCUGAAGUUAUGCCGGAUAGUCACAGAUGUCAUCUGUGCAAAAGGGGGGGCCGACCUGACAGAAGCUCAGGGCUUCAUUAAGAGGUGGUUGCCAGGGUCUGUGGACAGGGGUGGUGGCAGGAAGAGGCGUUUUGCAGAAACGUUAGCAGCAGAGCAGCCCGAUGAUCCCUCCCUUCGGGGCAGGGAUCAUUGCCUGCCCACUGCUGCCCUCUCCCUGCCCCACCCUUGGCCUCAGGGCCCUGGCCAGUCCACCGUUGGCCCCUCCUGUCCGGCUGCCCAUGCUCCUUCCCCUGCUGCAGCCCCUCCUCCUGCCGCUCCUCCUGCCCCUGCUCCUGCCGCUCCUCCUGCCCCUGCUCCUGCUCCUGCCGCUCCUCCUGCCCUUGCUCCCCCUGCCCCUGUAUGCAUCAAUUGA